ACACACAACCGGUAAAUUUUCCGAGAGUCGAAAUCGGCCUUGGCAUUUGGCAGCGAACAUCGAAUAUUUUACACAGACACUGUGGAAAGUCUUGAUAAUUUUCGAUUAUUCGUUCUAUUUAACUGUUUUAAUUACUGUGUACUGUAUACGAAAAAGUGCUAAAAGUGAUUUGUGUUUAUAGAUCGAUCGACUUAAAAGACUUGUCAUCAAUUUAACAAUAUGGAUUGGUCGAAUGACCUUUGUCUAGAUUUUAUCGGUCUAUAUGAAAAUCAGCCAGUCAUUUGGAACCCGUGCCAUCCAGGUCACAAGAACAGACACACAGUUUCUGCCGCCUGGAAGGCGAUCCAAGAUCAGCUCAAUGUGCACUGUACUAUUGUAGAAUUAAAACGGAAAAAAGAAUCUUUAAUGGCCUCGUACAGGACUUGUUUGGCUAAAGUACGUAGCAAUCAGGGAAAGGAAGAUCCUUAUAAACCUAGCUGGUUUGCAUUUGAGAAAAUGGAUAAAUUUUUACGAGAAAGAAAUAAGCGGUUUGAUCCGACAUAUUAUAAUGUACCGGAACAGGAAUACAAUGAGCCAAAUUUUGUCGAAAUUGAAGAAGAAAACUAUGAGACGGCCGAACCUUUAGCACUAAGCCUUGACCCUACAGAAGAUACUGAUUCGGAAAGUAAUCGCUUUUCCGAAGGUAAUCAUGCGGUACACAUUACAAAUUUUGAAAUCCCCAAUUCACCAGAACUACGACCUGGUAAAAGGUAUCGCAUAGAACAUACUGAGAUUCCUGUGAACCAUAAUACGCAGGCAACCGUUCAUGAUACAAGUAAAGCCAAGAGCCUUGUGCAAAAAGAAACAGAAUUUGAUAUCUGGGCUAAGAGCAUCGCUUUCCAGUUAAAUAACAUGGACUUGGGUAGAGCUUUAAAUCUUCAGUUACAAAUUCAAACUUUGGUUACCAAUGAACGACUGGGAAAUGAAGUUACUAAAAGGGAAAAUAUGGAUUACAACUAAAAUUAUAUUUACAGUGUUUUUUUUAGAAUAAGCCGUAUUUUACAUUUUGUAAUUAAUUAAAAUAUGCUGCAGAGGUCUCUAGACUGGUACUAUUUAAAUGCUUUGUAUUAAAAGCAAAUCUUCGAUAAUCGAUUUGAGGUAAUUGCAUGGUUCUUGGGUACAUUUAGGGUUUUGAACUAAGACUUGACUAAAUCUUGAUGAUGACCAAAAUCUUAAUACUGUUGAUCCAAUACUUUUCUAGAAAGUAAAGGUCAAAAUCAAUGGUGAUACUGUAAAAAUAAGAACUUACGUAAAUUAUGUUGUUUUCGUUUAGGAUAUUUUAAAAAUGCUUUAAUAUGUUGUUAAUGAUGAGUGGUUGUUAAAGAAAAAAUAAAGUUCUCUGAAAAAUCAAAUUUCUGUAUUAAAUCUUAAUGAACUAAGUGCUAAAGAUAAACGUGCUAUACUUUCAUCCCGAUAAGAUAAUGAUUUAUAUUUAAAUGACUGUCAGACUAAAUAUCUUAAUGGUAACGAGUAGACCAUUAAAAUAUUCAGAAAGCUAACAUGUGACAUAGAAGCCGAUAAAGUCACAGAAUUAGAGAAGCAAUAUUUUUACUGCUUAAUGUAAUGAAUUUUUAAUAUCACCUUAUAUAAAUAACUUCGCUGACAAAUUCUGUGCCGGGUCUUAGAAUCAUUAACCAAAUGAAUUUCAAUAAUUCUAUUAGGAAACUUACAGAAAAAUCAAUUUUUAUCCAUCAAUUUUCUUUGGUAUUGCUUGCGCCAUCUCUCUCUGAUUCAGGGAACCAUUAUUUUAUUGAUUGAUAUGCGGGAUAACAGAAUACAGAGAUCACACUGAAACACGGAUUUUAAAGCAAGAAAUCUGUUUUAGGAACCGAUAAAUCAUAAAUUAUGUUGGUUUCUGAAAGAGCUUAUAGAUGUCUUUCAGAAGAAAAACUUCGAGUUUUUCUUUUCUUCGAGUUUCAAAAAAACUAAUACUUCUUUUAAUAUUAGGUGUGGAUUAUUAAAUAUUUGUUUACAAUUAAUAUUCAAAUGUUAUCAAACAGUCAGUAUUGCCUGUUAUGUAUUGUCGAGUAAUAUGUAGUUGUAGUGCAACCUUUUCAAAUCCAGUGACCCUAAUGUUUCAAGUUAUAGUAUUAUUAUUAGAUGGCGCCAUAGAGCAAAUUUGUGAAACAAGGAUAUGAAACAGCAUUCUUACACUGAUCACUAAAUGAACAUAUACGUUUAUUAAAAAUAUAUGGAAAUAAAUAUAUUUUGUAAUAUUUAUACAAAGAAUAUAAAUAAUAGAAAUAUCCCUGGAUCGUUUUUUUCUUAUUAAGGGCUUUCGCAAUCUUCCUGGAAAAGUAAUUUCUUCAAAAAUUCGGCAAAGAACUAUUUAAAUUCUAGUCAAAUACUAUACAAAUCCUAUAAUGGUGCAUUUGUCUAGAUUGGACUUGUGGUACGUGACAUUAAGACAAACUAAAUCCAACCUCGUUAACCACUAUAACUUUGAACAAACACAAAUUUUAACACAAGAGAAAAUUCCGGAAGUAGAAG